AUGGAAUCAUAUUCUUAUAAUUCAGGUCUAAAAGAAGUUACCUUUGAUGAAAAAGAAUCUAUGUCAGAAAGAGGAACCUCUUUAGGAGGAGAUGAUUAUCAUCUAACAGAAUCAGUGAUAGAUAAAUAAAUGAAGGAUUUCUAACAAGAUAGAAGGAGUUUAGAAGAUCCUGAUUAGAUUAACUUUAAUGACCCAAUAUUUAAAAGGAUCUUGGGAGAUGACGAGUUAAAGACGUUAGACUAAACUCUACCUUAAAAGUGUAUCAAAUGUGAAUGCAAAUUUAAUUCUAUAACUAAUAGGAAGUUUCAGUGUUACUUUUGUGGGUAUCCAGUUUGCAAAGACCAUUCUAAAAAAAAGAGAGAAGAUCCCUCAAAGCUAAACACAAGCAAUAACAAGUCAAUAAAUAAUCAAAAUAAUAGUACUAUAUUGAAUACAUCUGGAGGAGAAAGUGAAUAUGAAAAAAAAAAUUUUAAGAAAAUAUGUGACAUUUGUGAAGAUAAAUAUCUGAAGUGGCAAAUAAACUUUUCAUUCUAGUAAAAGAAGGAUCAAUAUGAUGAAGUUACAUAAAGGUUAGAAAAAUAACAAAAAGAUAUUUUAGAAAAAAUAAAAAAAUAAUAAGACGAAAUAAGUAGAAUAUAGUCAUAGGAAGAACAAAAAAAGAAACAGUUUGAAGAUUAAAAGAAUGAAAUAUUAAAGAAGAUUGAAAAAGCAGAAAUGGAGGAUACAGAUCUUAAAAAGGAAAACAAAGACUAUUUAUUAAAAAUAGAUAAAAUAGAUACUGAAAUUAAUAGCAUGAUGAAAUAAAUAAAAGAAAUCGAUGAGGAAUAUAAGCAAAAGGUAACAGAAGAAAAGAAUUUAACCUAAAAAAUAAAAGAAAUAGACUAAGAAAUAGAAAAUGCUCACUAAAUUAUUGAAGAAAUAGAAUAAAAAAUCACAGACAAUAAUCUGAUGAUGUAGAGAUAAAAGUAAAUUUAUGAUGUCAGAGAUUCUCGUUUAGAUAGCAAUUUAGAUAAUAUUAGAGAAAACUCUGCAAUUAGAGCUAGAAAAGAUUAGAAUAUAGAUAAAGAAAAAAAUUGUAAUGUAUGCUAAAUCUUUUGA